GGUUUUUCAAGAUGACGCAAUUCUUGCCCCCAAAUUUGUUGGCACUCUUUGCCCCCCGUGAUCCUAUACCCUACUUGCCUCCUUUGGAGAAACUACCCCAUGAGAAGCACCAUAACCAGCCCUAUAGUGGUAUUGCCCCCUACAUUCGAGAAUUUGAGGACCCGCGCGAUGCUCCCCCACCUACUCGCGCAGAAACGCGGGAAGAGCGGAUGGAACGUAAGAGACGGGAGAAGAUUGAGCGCCGGCAGCAAGAAGUUGAGAGUGAGCUGAAGAUGUGGGACCCUCAUAAUGAUCCCAAUGCCCAAGGAGAUGCCUUCAAGACACUAUUUGUGGCCAGAGUUAACUAUGAUACAACAGAAUCCAAACUGAGGCGGGAAUUUGAAGUAUAUGGCCCUAUAAAAAGAAUUUAUAUGGUGUACAAUAAGCGUUCCAGCAAGCCCCGUGGCUACGCCUUCAUUGAAUAUGAACAUGAGCGUGACAUGCACUCGGCAUACAAGCACGCCGACGGGAAAAAAAUUGAUGGCAGAAGGGUUCUGGUGGAUGUGGAGAGAGGCCGGACGGUGAAAGGGUGGCGUCCACGCAGGCUUGGUGGCGGUCUUGGUGGCACCCGGCGGGGUGGCGCUGAUGUCAAUAUCAGACACUCAGGCCGGGAUGACACCUCUCGAUACGACGAACGGGAUCGGGACCGUGAACGCGAGCGCGAUCGCCGAGACCGCAGCCGAGAUCGGGACAAGGAACGGGAACGCCGUCGCAGCCGAUCCCGGGAGCGCCGGCGGCGGACACGCAGCCGAGAGAAGGAUGAGCGGAAGCGCAGCCGGGAACGCAGCAAGGACAAAGACCGGGAGCGAAAACGUCGUAGCCGGUCUCGGGACCGGAAAAGGGAUCGGGAGCGUGACAGAGACAAGAAGGAAGAAGUGCUGCCUGAAGCGGUCGACCCUCAGCCUGAUGAGGCCGCCCUCGGCGAGUUAGGCAUAGAUGGGCUGGAGGUGAAGCCCGAAGGGGAAGAGAAGGGUAGAGAAAGGGAUCGGGACAGGGAGAGGGAUAGGGAGAGGGACCGGCGGCGCAGUCACCGUGACAAAGACCGAGACCGGGAUCGCGACAGAGAGCGUCGGCGUGACAGGGACAGAGAUAGGGAUAGGGGUGACCGGGAGCACAAGCGUGAUAGGGGUGACCGGGGUGGGGAGAAACGGGAGGAGAGAGGGCAGGACAAUGGCAUGGGAGAGCCUCUGGAGGAAACCAGCCAGGAUAUGUUCCUGGACCAAGAAUCCAUACAGUCGGCUGACGGCUACUUGUCCACCGAGAAUGGAUACAUGAUGGAGCCCCCAAUGGAGUGAUGAAUGGAGACGCUUCUUUUUCCCAUACUUGUCCGGCCAGGUGAGGCUUUGCUUCCCAGGCUGCCUCUAGUCAGCGAGGCUCCACCAGCCAGUGGAAAUUACUGAUUUAACUGGUUUUGUUUAGAAGGGUAAGUCUGUUUCAGUUCCUCCUGUCCUAGCCCAUUUCCUCUUAAUGUGUAAUCUUCCACCAAUCCCUUGUGUAUUUGGAUAUUUUUUCUUUAAGACAAGAAUAAAGUGGUAUUAAUGUUUUCUC